UGUCAAACAUCUCAGGCUGCCUGCCAUCUCCACUCCAUCUCAAUUGCUCUUCUGCACCAUGAUGCUGUCUAGAGCUGCCCGUCCGGCUUUGAGAGCUGGCGUCGCGGCCGCCGCCCGGCCCGCCACCCUCAAUGCCACCAAUGCCGCCAACUAUGCGACUCUCCGUGAGAUUGAGGACCGUCUUAAGUCCAUCCGCAACAUCGAGAAGAUCACCAAGACGAUGAAAAUCGUCGCGUCUACCAAGCUCACUCGCGCCCAGAGGGCAAUGACCGAGUCCAAGACUUACGGUCAGACCUCCAACACCGUCUUCGAGAGUGCCGAAACCAAGCCAUUGGAGGGCGAGGAUAAGAAGACAUUGAUCGUGGUCUGCAGCUCGGACAAGGGUCUCUGCGGUGGUAUUCACUCGGGUUUGUCCAGGAAGAUCCGAAGGACUCUUGCUGAAAAGCCCAACUCGGACCUCGCUAUCUUGGGUGAAAAGUGCAAGGCUCAACUCAGCCGUUCCAAUGGCAAGAAUAUCGUUUUGAGCUUCGCUGGCAUUGGCAAGGAUGUUCCUACUUUUGCCGAUGCGUCUGCCAUUGCCGACCAGAUCACCUCAUUGCCCACCGACUACGCUUCCAUCCAGGUCGUUUACAACAAGUUCCUGAAUGCUCAGAGCUACGAGCCGGUCGAGAUUGAGGCUUUCUCCGAGGAGGCCAUUGCUGCAUCCCCCAACUUCUCUGCUUUCGAGAUCGAGGGUGACGCCCUUGGUAACUUGCGCGAGUAUGCCCUUGCCAACUCGAUCUACUGGGGACUUGCCGAGGGCCACGCUUGCGAGCAGUCUGCACGCCGAAACGCCAUGGACAAUGCUUCCAAGAACGCCGGAGACAUGAUCAACAAGUUCCAGAUCUUGUUUAACCGUACUCGUCAAGCCGUCAUUACUGGCGAGUUGGUCGAGAUCAUCACUGGUGCUGCUGCUUCCGAGGAGGGUUAGACAAAUUCGUAGUCCAUCUUGCAUCGCGUAUUUCAGAAUACCAGCUGGUUGCGCCCUCUGUAGAAUAAGUAUCUGUUGCUCAUAGGCUUCUAUAAGCUCCCUUGAAUUCCGCUUGAU